GCCACUACAUAAAAAAGAGAAAAAGAAGAAGAAUAUCUGAAGGGACGUAAACAAUCCUACGCCGUAAUGUUAUGGCGAAAAGACUGGAAUACGAAUUGUGUAGAGAAAGAAGAGAAAGAGAGGUGAAACAGCAGCGAUGAGUACGAUGAUGUAGUACUCUUCUCUCUUUCAGUCGCUUUUUUCUAAAGCCGUAACCAGCCUUGCCGCUUUUUGUUGUUUUUUAGCCUGGAGUUGGAUGCCAGCAGCCCCACCUCGCCUCUCUCUCUCCCUGUGAAAGCCAUUCCAUACCACACCGCGCACAUCCCGGGCAAAAGAGACGGAAGGGCGAGCCGCUUUUCACCGAUUAUCCUCCAGCGAGUUCCAGAUCGGUUCAUGGGCUCCUCCACUAGAUUGUCUGGGAGGGAGAGAUCCGUGCAUGAGAUCCUCGGAGGAGGAAUCGUUUGUGACACAGUUGCAGAUGUGGUGCUGUGGAGGAGAAGAGAUGUUUCGAUCGGGAUAGUGCUCGGAAUGCUGGCUGCUUGGUUGAUCUUUGAAAGAUCUGGUUAUACUCUGCUGUCCUUUGUUUCUAAUGUUCUGCUGCUCUUGAUUUCCAUCCUUUUUACAUGGGCAAAGGCAGCUGCAAUUCUUAACAGGCUCCCUCCACCCAUACCUGAGAUGCGCCUCACAGAAGAAGUCAUGAAUGAAGCAGCAGUACUUGUGCGCUCUCAUGUGAAUAUGGUACUCUUGGCAUUUCAUUAUAUUGCACUUGGAAAGGACUUGAAGCUUUUCUAUAGAGUCGCCAUAAGUUUAUGGCUUAUCUCAAUCAUUGGUAGCUUGUCUGAUUUUCUUACUUUGGUUUACACAAGCCUUGUUAUCAUCUUAACCAUCCCGGUGCUGUAUGAGAAGUAUGAAGAUUUUAUUGACAGGCAUAUGAAAGUGGCUUAUAUGGAGGUGCAAAUGUACAAGAGAACGUAUGCCGAGUAUUUGCAGAAGGUUAAGAAUUGGAUUCUGGAGAAAAAGAAACUAAGCUGAUGGUCUCUACGAGUUUUGUGAUUGACCAAGAAUUCUAUCCCCCGUUUUGCUCUUCUUCUAUGUCACAAGUCAAAGGUUUGGACUUCCGAGUGCAUUUUAUGACAUUGGGCGCUGUGUUCACUUUGUGAGUUUUUUUUGUUACUUUUUGACAUUAAUAGAAGGAGAUCUUACAGGGUUCUUUUUCUUGGGUUGGAUUUUGGAGAGCAUGUUCAAGUACAUACUAUGAACCUAGGAAACAGGGAUGAGGUAACGAGAUGUGAUUUGCAAAAUAAUACGUAGGUUCAACAUCUGUUAACACAAGUUGCACUAAAGAAUUGGUAUUCGUUAAAGUAUAAAAUGGUUAUCGACUA